GAACAGAGAGAGCGUUCAUUCAGUACUUCAAAGACACGCUAGAUGUUGUAACUAAUAGUAAUACUCCACAACACAGAGGAUUAGAUCUCGAGAUGGCGGGUUUACGGAAAGGAUUUCCUUUGCUGAUUCAGCAAUUCACUGCUUUGUUCAAGAAGAACUUCCUGCUCUCAUGGCGGAAUAAGCCAGCGACGUUCCUCCAGCUCUUCUCGUCGCUCUUCUUCAUCUUCCUCAUCUUCUGCAUCCAGGAGGCCAUUAAGGCGCGAUACGCCACCACUACCGCCUACAAGAGCGUCACCAAUCCUAAACUUUUGGCGGCUUUUCCAAUCCCGCCUUGCGAGGAAAAGUACUAUGUGAAGCUCCCGUGCUUUGACUUCGUCUGGAGUGGAAAUGGAAGCGCCAAAGUUCAAGGCAUCGUCACAGCCAUCAUGGAUAAUAACCCCGGCCGGCCGAUUCCUUCCAAUAAGGUUAAAUCAUUUGAAACACCCGCGGAAGUAGAUGCUUGGCUUUUUGGCAAUCCGAUGCAUUGUCCUGGAGCUCUUCAUUUUACUGAAAGAAAUGCAACUGUAAUCAGUUACGGUUUACAAACAAAUUCCACUCCAGCUGCAGUGCGAGGGCAUUUUGAAGAUCCAACUUUCAAAUUUCAAAUUCCACUUCAGAUUGCGGCCGAGCGUGAAAUUGCUAGGUCUUUACUUGGAGAUCCAAACUUUAGCUGGGUUGUCGGAUUUAAGGAAUAUGCUCACCCCGCAGAAAGUAAUUUCUCGGCAAUUGAAACAGUUGGGCCCACCUUUAUCCUUGCAAUUGCCAUGUUUGCUUUUGUGUUCCAAAUCAGUUCUUUGGUCACAGAAAAGGAGCUUAAACUUCGGCAGGCAAUGACUAUGAUGGGUCUUUAUGGAUCUGCCUACUGGUCCUCGUGGCUUGCAUGGGAGGGAAUCAUUACACUUCUUUCCUCACUUUUCAUAGUUCUGUUUGGAAUGAUGUUUCAGUUUGAUUUCUUCUUGAACAACAGUUUUGCGGUGCUGUUCCUCCUGUUCUUCCUUUUCGAACUUAAUAUGAUUGGUUUCGGCUUCAUGAUUUCGACCUUCAUGAGCAAGUCAUCAUCAGCCACAACAGUGGGCUUCUUCAUAUUUAUUGUUAGCUUUCUGACUCAGCUUGUUACAGGAUUUGGAUUUCCAUACAGGAAAAGCAUCUCUAAUAUUUUUCGAAUUGUUUGGUCAUUGUUUCCACCAAAUCUUCUUGCUCAAGCCUUACAACUGCUUUCUGGUGCAACCUCUACCCCUGAAGAUAUUGGGAUUAGCUGGAGUAGGCGGACAGACUGUGCUCCAAAUGAUAACGAAUGUGUGAUAACAAUUAAUGAUAUCUACUUAUGGCUCGUGUCUCUGUUCUUUGUCUGGUUUGUUUUGGCUCUCUACUUCGAUAAUGUAAUUCCAAAUGCAUCUGGUGUAAGAAGAUCAACACUUUACUUUUUAAAGCCUGGAUAUUGGACAGGGAAAGGGGGAGACAAGGUCCGAGAGGGUGGCAUUUGUAGUUGUAUAGGUUCAGUCCCGCAACUUGAGCAUGUUACUCCAGAUGAUGAAGAUGUCCUUGAAGAGGAAAAUAUUGUUAGAGAGCAAGCAAGGGAAGGUGUGGCUGAUUCACAUGUUGCAGUUCAGGUUCGUGGGCUUGCAAAGACUUAUCCUGGCUCCAGGAACAUUGGUUGCUGUAAAUGCAAAAGGAAUUCACCUUACCAUGCUCUUAAGGGACUAUGGGUAAAUGUUGCAAAAGAUCAGUUAUUUUGUCUUCUUGGACCCAAUGGUGCUGGGAAAACCACUGCAAUCAAUUGCUUGACUGGCAUAACACCUGUGACUGCUGGUGAUGCACUGAUUUACGGAUAUUCUGUACGAAGCUCUGUUAGCAUGUCAAAUAUUCGAAGAAUAAUAGGGGUUUGUCCUCAGUUUGAUAUCCUUUGGGAUGCGUUGUCCGGUCGAGAGCACCUCCAUCUCUUUGCUAGUAUUAAAGGCCUACCCAGAGCCUCAAUCAAAUCGGUUGCUGAGAAGUCAUUGGCGGAGGUAAGGCUAAUUGAAGCAGCAAAAAUGAGGGCUGGGAGUUACAGUGGAGGAAUGAAGCGCCGUCUCAGUGUUGCCAUAGCCCUUAUUGGUGAUCCAAAAUUAGUGAUUCUUGAUGAACCGACUACUGGCAUGGAUCCAAUAACAAGAAGGCAUGUGUGGGACAUCAUAGAGGAUGCUAAAAAGGGGCGUGCCAUUAUCCUAACAACCCACUCCAUGGAAGAAGCAGACAUUUUGAGUGACCGCAUAGGAAUUAUGGCAAAGGGUAGGCUCCGCUGCAUUGGAACUUCAAUCAGGUUAAAAUCACGGUUUGGUACUGGUUUUAUUGCUAAUGUUAGCUUUGCUGGAAGCGAUAUUCGACAAAGUCCUGCCAAUGGCGAUGCUGUCGCCACGACCAAUCAUGAGGCUGUCAAGCAGUUUUUUAAGCAUCGCCUUGAUGUUGUUCCGAAAGAAGAGAACAAAGCUUUCAUGACUUUCAUCAUUCCUCAUGACAGAGAGGGACGUUUGACAGAAUUUUUUGCUGAGCUCCAAGACAGAGAGGUUGAAUUCGGUAUAACCGACAUUCAACUCAGUCUUACAACUCUGGAAGAAGUUUUCUUAAAUAUUGCAAAGAAGGCAGAGCUGGAAAGUGCUAUUGCUGAGGGGAGAAUGGUCACUUUGAACUUGACAUCCGGAGCCUCCGUUGAGAUACCUGUGGGGGCUAGAUUUGUUGGGAUUCCAGGAACAGAAAAAACAGAAAAUCCUAGAGGCAUCAUGGUUGAAGUUUACUGGGUGCAAGACGAUACUGGUGCCCUCUGCAUUUCUGGUCACUCUCCUGAAGUUCCACUACCUCCUAAUGUUCAGACUAUGGCUUCUUCAGCAGCACCAUCUCAGAGAAGUUUCUUGGGCCGGACAGGACCAGUUCGUGGAAUAGUGAUAGACCCAAGCCAGAUUAGUGCUACUAAUACUUCUUGAAAUAUUUCUUUCUUUUUUGAGUUCUUCCAAUAUCAUAUUAUUUUCGGCCAUGUUUAAAAAUUCAUAUAUUUGUAAAUUAUGGAGUUUGUUUUUUGAUAACAGAUAAUAAAUUACAUUCCUAUGUAAUAUGUCGUUAGCGUAAACACGUAUAUUUGUAAAUUAUGGAGUUUGUUUUUUGAUAACAGAUAAUAAAUUAUAUUGGGUGAGAUUGUUAUGUAA